AUGGCGCCCGCGACGGUGACGGAGACAUCCAUAAUCCUUCCACCACACUUUGUUCUCGUCCCGCUUAUUGGGCACGGCCACACCAUCCCCAUGUCGGACCUUGCCUGCCUCCUCGCGGGACGCGGUGCGAGAGUGAGCCUCGUCACCACGCCCGUCAACGCGGCGCGCCUGGGGGGACUAGCCGACAGGGCGCGGCACGCCAUGCUGUCCCUGGAGAUAGUCGAGCUCCCAUUCCUGCUGGCCGAUGAUGGACUGCCCACUGGCAGCACCGCCAGCGUUGACAGCUUCCUCCGGUUGUUCCUCGGCCUUUACAGGCUCGCCGGGCCGCUCGAGGCCUAUGUGCGUGCGCUGCCGCGGCGCCCAAGCUGCAUCAUCUCCGACGCCUGCAAUCCGUGGACGGCCGGCGUCGCAAGGAGCGUUGGGGUCCCGCGGCUCUUCUUCCACGUGCCUUCCGUCUUCUACUCGCUCUGCGACCUGAACGUCGCAACGUGUGGCCAAGGCGACCAUGGCGCAUCGUAUGUCGUGCCGGGCAUGCCGGUGCGCGUAGAGAUGGCGAAGGAGACAUGGUCGUCGUCCUUCUAUACCACGCCUGAGUGGAAGCAGUUCACAAAGGAGGCGCGGGAGGCCAUGCGCACGGCCGACGGUGCCGUGAUGAACACCUUCCUAGGCCUCGAGCAACAGUUCAUCACGUCCUAUGAGGCGGCACUGGGCAAGCCGGUGUGGGCGCUCGGGCCCUUCUGCCUCGGUAACCGGCGGGAGAAGGAGGCCGUCAACCAGAGCCCGGUCACCGCCUGGCUCGACAAGAUGGACGAGAACACGGUCAUUUAUGUCAAUUUCGGCAGCCUCGUGCGGAUGCCUCCCAAACAGCUGUACGAGGUCGGACAAGGCCUCGAGGACUCUGGGAAGCCAUUCCUUUGGGUGGUGAAGGAGUCCGAGACGGCGUUGCCAGAAGCGCAAGAGUGGCUCCAAGCCCUGGAGGCACGAACGGCAGGGCAGGGGCUCAUAUUGCGUGGCUGGGCGCCUCAACUCGCCAUCAUGUCGCACCGUGCUGUAGGCGGCUUCAUGACCCACUGUGGGUGGAACUCCCUACUAGAGUCCAUUGCGCACGGCGUGCCUGUCGUGACGUGGCCUCACUUCAGCGACCAGUUCGUCAACGAGAGGCUGGUCGUGGAAGUACUUGGGGUCGGCGUGUCCUUAAUGCCGUUCGGUAAGGAUACGGCCGUGGUGCGGGGGCACAUUGCGCAAGCGGUGUCGGAGCUGAUGGGCGAUGGGGCGGUGGCAGAGGAGAGGAGGAGAAAGUGCAAGGAUUAUGGGGAGAGAGCUCAUACAGCCGUAGCGAAAGGAGGAUCGUCCCAUGAAAACCUAACGCGGCUAUUACAGAAUUUCAUGCCGAGUGGCAGCAAGGAACUCUUUCACCUAGGUUGGCUCGUCGCCGUGAUUUCUUCAUGGGAUGGCAUGACCGCAUGA